AUGGGAACGGAAACCGCCGACAGCACCGCAAACGCUGCAAAGGCAGUAGAGGAAUCUGUCACCACCAUAGUCCACUUUACAGAUGGAGUCAAGGAAAGAGAGGCCUUCUACUUGAAGCUUCUCAAGUCCAGCCUAGACGAUGAAAAGCUAUCUGACCUUCGAUCAAACAUUGCUGGCUUAACAGGAAGCAUUGAAAUUUCUCACUUUCCCUUCUGUGGAAAGAAAGGGGCCAUUGUGCCGGAUAGCUUUUCCGUGCAAGAAUAUUUGACAGAAUGUCUUGGUAUCAACACCACCGAAGCUAAAUCUCUUUACGUGUAUAUGAAGGAUGAGUCGCUCGCGACGGAACUUGAUUCCCUUACAGGAGCCAACGUGGGUGCCGUCGUUGACGCCGACAAGCUCGCGCGUAUCAAGAACCAGGUCGAUGACGUCGCAUUCAAAUACUUGACCGGAACCGCAGCAAAAUACGUGCCUGAGUUAGAACAAAAGGACUGGGCUGUCAUCAGCGAAAGCAAUGCUCUCUGCUACGGUAUCCGGGUCAUUCGUGCCAAGAGUAAGCAGGCGGCUGAGAGCAGUGCGGCUACGGAGACAACGACAGAGCCGAGCUCCCAGGAUAAUAGGGGAGUACCGGUCGGGAUCGAACGAGCUCGUUUUCCUGCCUUUAGCCUGAAGAAGAGAACCAUCAUGUCGGACUCUAUUCCUAGCAGCGCCAUUGAAGGUGUCAAGCUUGAUCUCCGAAUUCCCGACUUCAUCAUCGAUGACAAGUCCUAUGUCUCUAUAUACGAGACUGAGACUGAGAUGCAAUCUUCUAUGGCGGCGUCUUCGUUUUCCGAAGUAGAUGUAGCCGCGGCAGGAGGCGGAUCCUACAUGGGAUUCUCGGGCGAGGCGUCUAUGAGUUUCGCUGCUGCCAGCUCCCAGGCUGCGUCCAGCUCGACCGGCAAGAAGAGCAAGAAGGCUACUGACACAAUAGAGUUUCCCCGGGUCACUCUCUUUUUGGAUAGCCGUAGCCUCGAGCUCACCCCGGAGUGCGAGGAUGCCCUGCGCAAAGUCAAGACAAAGGAGGACCUGUACAAGUUCCAGGACAUAUAUGGUGAGUUCUUCAGCAGCAGGGUUCAGCUGGGCGGUCGUCUCUUUGCCACGGAAGACGUCACCGAGGAUACGGCCACUAGCAGCAAAGAAGUGGCAAGGUCCAUGAAGCUCGCAGCCUCUGCUUCUUUUAGCGGCUGGGGUGCCAGUGCGUCUAUGUCUGCAUCGCUUGCCGCAGGCGGGAACGCAUCGAAGCAAGAGUCUAGUAAGAGUUCGUCGGUAAGCCUAACUUGGCAGGCCAAUGGCGGAGAUACGCUUCUGUGCAACAAGCCAACCGACUGGGCUCCAACGGUUUCGUAUCACUGGAAUUGGAGAAUUACCAAGCAAGACAACGUCUUCGGCCUUCUCAACGUGAUGUCGCAGAUCAAUGGCAUGGACUGGCUCACUGCGGAGGCUGCAAAAUGGGGAGUCACAAUAAACCCCAUCGACGAGGCCGCCACAAUGAAAGCCACGGUUGCCGCAAUCUCCGCCAAGACAUUCACACUGAAUGCCGCGGGCGUCACUGGUGGAAGAUACCUUUUGACUUUUCCCUAUACCGCUUGUAACCUCUCCGCCACGGCCAAUGCUCGAAACGCCGCCGGCAAGAACUCGUUCUCCAUUAAUCCAAAGAUCCACUCCUUGGGCUGCGCGCUUCUCGGCCCCAAGACGGCGAAAAGCAAAGAAGACCUAAGACUCUACGUGGUUGAGGACACGACAGGCACGCCUGUGAACGAGGUCAAGUAUAAUACCAAGUAUCGCCUGCGCAACAGGGAGAGCGGGCUGUACGUCAGCUACAUCUGGGAGCAAUACUUCCGCUUCGUGUACAGCAACGUGACGCGUUCGAACACGAGAUUCAUCGCGUUCAAGGACCCCAAAGGAUCGACCAGCAUGGAUGCGAUUCCCGAUGGCAGCACGGUGCACGUGAGGUUCUACGAGUACAAGGAUGACGAGGUGUUGGGAUACUUGUUUGUCUGCGCCCAGGACAAGGAUUAUGCUUACUUGGCUGCGUCGAAGCCGGAAGCCAAGGACAAGGACGAAGCUGGUCAUCAAGUAUAA